AUGGACCAGUCAGGCUUCUCCAGCGAGCACUCAUGGCCAGAUCUCCCGCCGGAGCUGUUGGGCCUCGUGCUGUCGCGGCUGCCGUCGCACGCCGACCGCGUCCGCGUCGCCGCCGUAUGCCACCCAUGGCGCUCGAAGGCGCGGCUGCUGCGGCCUCUACCCCCGCUGCUCCCGUGGCUCGCCCUCUGCGACGGCUCCUUCCUUAGCCUCCCCGACGGCGCGGUCCACCGCCUGCCCGUCCCUGAUGGCGUCUCCAGCAGAUUCUCCACCGGAAGCAUGCUCGUCCUGGUGCACGGCGACGACACGUACUCGCUGAUGAACCCUUCCCCUGCAAGGACGACCCCUCUCCCCGAGCUGGAUCUCUGUCUUCAGAGAAAGCCGAUCGUGCAGAAGGUGGUCGUGUCCGAUCACCUCGUCGCCGCUCUGGUCAAGGUGAAAAAAUUGAACAACACCACGACCACGAAAGUCAUCACCUCUGCUCGUGGGCAGCAAUGCGACACCGCAGUGAAGUGGCCCGUGCCUGCAGGGAGCUUCAUCAACGACAUUGCACUCAUCAAAGGAAAGCUCUACAUUCUCACCACAGAAGUGGAGCACUAUCAACAUGAGCUCCAUAUCCUGGACGGCAGGCGAGAGCAGACAGCCAUACGCAGGAUGCCAAAAGGCGACGACGACUACGAGGAGUCAUGGUAUAACCCUUACUCGACUGACAAUUACGUGCCGCGGUACUAUCUUGUCGUCUCUGGCGAUCGGCUGCUGAUGGUUGAGCGGAGGAUCAAUCAGCCGCCAAUGUUUCCAAGAGACUCGGGAAUUGUGAAGCGGACUCGACACUUCGAGGUUUUCGAAGCAGCGGACCUGAGCAGCGGCCGUGGACGGUGGAUUGAGGUUGAUACGUUGAUGGGGCGUGCGCUCUUUGUCAGCAAAGGCUGCUCAGAGUCGCUCCCUGCCGCGGGUCAAUGUAGCGACAUCGGAGUUCAAGAAGAUUGCAUCUACUUUAUGAAUGAGGAUGACGCGUACACGGACAAGCAUGAGAAGAUCCGUGAGAAUCCUAUGCUGGACUCCGGGGUGUACAAUAUGAGAGACAAGACAGUGAUGCCGUUGCUGUUGGAGGCGGCGCCGACGCCUGCAACAGGAGACGGUCUGUGGUCUCCGACCUGGCUUUUUCCAGAGACUUGAGUAGUUGAGUUAAGCUGGUUAUGUGGUACUAUCAGUUAGGAGUUUCUUAGAUGUUAGUGCUGGAAUUUGUAUGUAGUAUACAUAUUUUGCAAUAAUUUUUCCUUCAUAUUACCA